UAUUUUUAUUUCUUGGUGUUAAGCUUUAACGAGGGAACAUGCCGGGAUGCUUUGUCGUUGGUUUAAGGGAACCGUGGUUUCAUCCGAGUCCGGAAGGGGGGGCUUGACAUCAUCGCCGCCCGGCGCGUUUUUCCUUUCUUCCAACGCCCUUCUAACCUUGACGCCAACAACACCAUAUCAUACCAGCUUGAAACUGCCAUUCAACCACCGGCCACGAAGCUUAUACCCAUCGCACUCCACACCUCCCUCCAAUUCGACGCGCAAGCAAUACCAUCACCGCAAUGUCCCAGUUCAUCACCGACAUCUGGGAGUCCGUCUUCCAGCCGGGCACCAACCGCUCCGUUAUCAUCGCGACGUAUGCAUCAUUCGCGGCGCUACAAGCCACGCUCAUAGCGCUGCUCAUCGCGACAUUGAGCUGGCACUUUGUGUUUCUCAAUGUCAUCUGCGGCUGUCUCUGGGGCGCCAUCGUAUGGUUCGUCAGUGAGCUCGAGGAGGUUAAGAGGGUGGAGGCGGAGGCAGAGCGGCUACGGAAGUUGAAGAAGGCUAGUGAGGAGGGUGCGGAGGCGUCGGAAGAGUCCGCGGAGGAGGAGGAGGAGGAGGGGAGUAAGAAGGAGCAAUAGGGGGGAGGCUAUAUUUGACGAUGGGGGACGGAUGUAAAUUGUACGUGCACCCUCAAGGGACCGGCGAUAAUGAGCAAAAAUAGAACGGCAACGGUGUUUGGGUUUCACUUUGAAGUUUCUAGUUUGAAACAAUACGGUGGGGAAAAAAUGUCAUUGUACGAGUACUAUCGGAAGCUAUCGGACCUCAUAGAUCUCUAAUUUAUUGCAAUCUCGUAAAAGCCAUCCGCUACCAUCGAAGAAGAAAAAAAAGGUAUGCAAGUAAACAGCGCUUCCGGCAAUGGUGAUAUACACUCCACAACUCAGUAUCGUGUAUGAAGCUACCUACCACCCCUUCCUCUUCCACCGCCCCGGCCACCACCGCCGCCACCUCCACC